AUGCCUGAUACUCCCGAAAGUAAUUCGUUCUUUACCGUUCCUGCUCCUAUUAAACACCUUUUUGACAAAUUCCCAUUGACCGUCUAUCCCGCCAACGAGAUCCCUCAACGCUGUCGGCAUGACAAUGUUAACCAGCUGUUCGUGUUCACCGAUGCGCUUGGUGCACGACAGGGCCGACCCUCUUUCAAUCCGCAAUGUCUAAAAUGGCAGGCAUACUUGAAAUUCGUCGGAAUCGACUUCGAGAUCACUUCCUCUAAUAACCACGCAUCUCCAACUGGUGCCCUUCCUUUCCUUAUUCCUUCGCUGCCUACAGACGCCUUGAGCCCGAUUCCUUCACACAAGCUCCAGAAGUGGGCUAUUGAACAAGUUCAUUGCGAGGAGGAACAACAAUUGAAUCUGCGGUUCGAGGUGUAUGCGUCGCUCAUCGACCACCGGAUACGCAAUGCUUGGUUAUACAUGCUUUACCUCGACAGCGAGAACUUCGACGCCGUCGCGCGUCGACUCUACGUGAACCCCGCAACCUCCAACUUGCUCGUACGCGCCGCUCUAGGCCACCAACUCCAACAGGCCGCCCGUGAUGAGCUUCUAAAAACAUCCCGAUACAUCGAUGCCGCCGAUCUGGAAGGCGAUGCGAGUGGCGCAUUUGAGGCACUAUCGACCCUGCUCGGCGAAGACGAGCACUUCUUCGGUCGACCAAACCCAGGCCUCUUCGAUGCCAGCGUCUUCGCCUACACACACUUGAUCCUGGAUAAAAAUUUGGGAUGGAAGCGCAACCGACUGGGACAAUUGCUCAAAGGGCAUCCCAACCUUGUACAACACCGUGACAGACUACUGAAAUUCUUCUAA